CGGUGCUAGAGGCUCGGCCAGAAGCCGAGGGGGAACUUCUCUUGAGCGCUGUCGCCGUGGGCCCUCAUUGUCUGCAGGAACUCUCCGGAAUCCGGAGGGGGAGGACUGGAUCGCUCUUCCACUGGGAUUCGUCAAGAGUUCCGGCGGCAGCUGCGGCGGUUGCGGUGUCUCCCUUUGUCCUCCUAGGACCUCCCUCCCUUCCUUUUUCCCUCCCUCUGUCAGUUAGUGGGUCCUGCUGCCCCGGGCGCCGGGCCCCCUCAUCAGCUCGCUGUCCCCUACCCCGGGGUGCGUCCCUGGUAACUCCUACCACUUUAGCGUCCCCACCGAGUCGAGCCGAGGGGGCUGUGAGCAGGAGGCAGCCGCAGGCCCCUGGCCGCAGGAUGGUGGCGGGGCUCUCUCGGGCCCGCAGUCCCGGGAGCUGGCUGGUCCCCGGGCUGUGGCUGCUGGUGCUCAGCGGUCCUGGGGGGCCGGUGAGCGCCCAGGAGCAGCCCUCCUGCAGAGGAGCCUUUGAUCUCUACUUCGUCCUGGACAAGUCUGGGAGUGUGGCAAAUAAUUGGAUUGAAAUUUACAAUUUUGUCCAGCAACUUACCGAGAGAUUUGUGAGCCCUCAAAUGAGAUUAUCUUUCAUUGUGUUUUCUACUCAAGCAACCAUUAUUUUGCCAUUAACUGGAGACAGAAGCAAAAUCAGUAAAGGCUUGGAGGAUUUAAAACAUGUUAGUCCAGUAGGAGAGACAUACAUCCAUGAAGGACUAAAGCUAGCAAAUGAACAAAUUCAGAAAGCAGGAGGCUUAAAAACCUCCAGUAUCGUAAUUGCUCUGACAGAUGGUAAGUUGGACGGUCUGGUACCAUCAUAUGCAGAGAAAGAGGCAAAGAUAUCGAGGUCAUUUGGGGCUAGAGUUUAUUGUGUUGGUGUCCUUGACUUUGAACAAGCUCAACUGGAAAGAAUUGCUGAUUCCAAGGAUCAAGUUUUCCCUGUCAAAGGUGGAUUUCAAGCUCUUAAAGGAAUAAUUAAUUCUAUACUAGAUCGGUCAUGCACUGAAAUCCUGGAAUUGCGGCCUUCAAGUGUCUGUGUGGGGGAUGAAUUUCAGAUUGUUUUGUCUGGAAGAGGAUUCAACUUGGGCAGUCGGGAUGGGAGUGUCCUCUGUACCUACACUGUGAAUGAAACAUACACAAAGAGUGUUAAUCCAGUAAGUGUGGACGUUAAUUCUAUGCUUUGUCCUGCACCUGCCCUGAAUAAAGUUGGAGAAACUCUUGAUGUUUCAGUGAGCUUUAAUGGAGGAAAAUCUGUCAUCUCGAGCUCAUUAAUAGUCACAGCCACAGAAUGUUCUAGUGGGACUGCAGCCAUCAUUGCUAUUUUGGUGUUACUGCUACUACUGGGCAUUGGUUUGAUGUGGUGGUUUUGGCCCCUUUGCUGCAAAGUGGUUAUCAAGGAUCCUCCUCCACCACCACCUCCUGCACCAAAAGAGGAAGAAGAAGAACCUCUGCCUACGAAGAAAUGGCCAACUGUGGAUGCUUCCUAUUAUGGUGGUCGAGGGGUUGGAGGAAUUAAAAGAAUGGAGGUUCGUUGGGGUGAUAAGGGAUCUACUGAGGAAGGUGCGAGGCUAGAGAAAGCCAAAAAUGCUGUGGUGAAGAUUCCUGAAGAAGUUGAGGAACCCGUCAGGCCGAGACCACCUCGGCCCAAACCCACAUACCGGUCUCCUCAGACAAAGUGGUACACACCAAUUAAGGGUCGUCUUGAUGCGCUCUGGGCUCUGUUGCGGCGGCAGUACGACCGUGUUUCCUUGAUGCGGCCUCAGGAAGGCGAUGAGGGCCGGUGCAUAAACUUCUCCCGAGUUCCGUCUCAGUAAAAGGAAAGCAGGAAGACCAAGAAGGUAUGAAGAUACAUCUUUGCACUGCUGAUUUCCAACCAAAUGAAAAAAAAAUAAGUGCAUUUCAGAAGUUUUUGGAAGAACGGCUUUCUUCCUCUCUGCCUUCUGCUUUGCUUGCACCAAACAUUUUUAAAUACUUGUUCUGCCAUCUACAUGAGAGUUGAUGAAACCCAGUGGUAACUCAUGAUUCAUGACAUUGAAAAUAAAGACUUGUGUUAAUCUACAUGCUAUGGUUUAUACAAGAAAGUUUGUUGGAAUGUUGAGAGGAGGAAAAGCAAAAGCAACAGCAUGAAGAUGAUAUCGAAACAGGGACCACGGUACAACUGGCCGUGACGGAUCUGUAAUGGAGAGAGGAGUGCUUUACAUGGAAACAUGGCACUUGCGUUUUUACAUCACAAGAUUUUCCGCCACAGGCGAGUAUGAAAUUUCCCACCAGGCCAAGCAAAGACAGGAGUCCAUUGCCUUAUAGCUAUGUCAGAUCAUAGAAUCCUUCCAAGUCCCCUAUCACAAUGUGCCUUACGGGAAGCUUCUGACUGGAAAAUCUUGUCAUUCUAACACUGAAAGUGCACACGCAUGACAAAAUGUAGACAGGAUGCCUCAAGGUAUUGGUAGCAAGCAAGAUUUUGCCCUUU